GCGGGGCAGUCCUGGGUAAUUUUUGGGAGUAACUUCAGUGGCACCCCGCCUCCCCCUCCCCCUUUCAUUCCUGAGGCAAGACCAAGGAGAAACCGACUUGGUCCAGGCGGGAAUGGUGAACGAUCCACACAGAAUGCAACCCAGACGGCUUCAUUUUUAAUCAAGUCAUAAUAGAAGGUUUUGCAUGCAUUUUAUUUAUUUAUUUUUUUGUGCGUGUUUAACGUAGGGAAACUUUUUUUUCCCUCCCCUCCAAGUAAAGUUUAGCUCACUGAGCGAAAAGUCUCAACUCACAUUAGUUUCCAGGAGGCGGAUAUACGGUACAAUGGAUCUUGUGACACUGGUGGCAUUCAGUUCCUGGCUGGCUCCUGCGCUUGUUUCUGCAGCUGAUGAUGACAAAGACUACGACAGGGAUUUUCAAUACGGCAGCAACACGUCUCAAAAAAAGUUGGGACGGGGACAUGAUGUUACCAACGUGCAGCAUCCCCUCUUCUUUCAACAGCAGGGAAACAUCUGGGAAUCGAGCAGACCAGUUGCCGGACCUUUGGGAGAGGAAUGUUGUUGACAUGGGAUUCUAGCAGCUAAACAGUCCUGGGACUUGUUGACUGUAUUUCUCAUUUUGUGACAGGCUCUUUUACAAUGAGUGUAAUAGAAUCAGAGAUUCAAGCUUUCGAACUGAGCACUGAUACCAAUCCAGAUGUUUCAUACCUGUCCUCUUUAGCCAGCGGGCAUAGCAUCCAUGUUUUCCAAAAAGAAUUGAAAAUUCGAUUUGAUCACAUAACGGUUUGGCCAAGAGAAGGUUUCUGUGGAACCCAACCUUUUUUUUUUUUUUUUAGAUGCGUUGCUGCCAUGAAAUUAAGAA